AUGGUUUCUUCAACACGUUCAUUGAGCGCUGGAUCGCUGAUGCUUGCUUUAUUAGCUUCCCCCGUGGCCGCCACAAGUUACUCCCUGGUGGAGACUUGGCAGGGGAAGAAUUUCCUGGAUUAUUUCAACUUCCACGUUGGCUCUGACCCGACCAAUGGCUUUGUCAACUACCUCGACAAGGAGACUGCUGAAAGUACAGGCCUUGUCAAGGUUACCGAUUCUGGCAGUGUGUAUCUCGGUGUCGAUUAUGCUACCAAGCUCGACCCGAAAGGCAAAAAGGGCCGUGAUUCGGUACGCAUUGGCAGCAAGAAAUACUACGACCAGUCUCUCGUCAUCGCCGACAUCGCCCACAUGCCUGGUAGCGUCUGCGGUACCUGGCCCGCCUUCUGGUCUGUCGGAAGAAAUUGGCCGGGAGACGGCGAGAUUGAUAUAAUCGAAGGUGUCAACAUGCAGGAUUACAACAAAAUUGUCAUGCACACAGCCGGCACUUGCAGUUUGACAGAUACGGAUAUGACAGGUUCGGUCAACGCUACAGGGUGUGGUGAGGAUCUAGGCACCGUUGGUUGUGUGAUCGAGGGUCACCAGGGCAGUUAUGGCACUCCUUUCAACAAGCAAAACGGUGGUGUGUAUACACUGCAGUGGACCAGCGAAUCCCUCAAAAUUUGGUACUUCCCCCGAAGCUCGAUCCCGCCCUCGAUUACUAGCGGCAAGCCCGAUGUAACGCAAUUUGGUACUCCGAUGGCCGUGGUGCAGGAAUCGUGCGACGUUGCAACCGCCUUCAAGUCCCAGUCGUUCAUAUUUGAUACCACUUUCUGCGGAGACUGGGCAGGGAAUGUGUAUGGUGAUUCUGGUUGCCCCAUGACUGGCGGCGAUGGCCUCCAGAGCUGCCACAACUACGUCGCCAACAACCCGACCAAAUUUGCCGAGUCGUACUGGGAAAUCAACUCGGUCAAGAUCUAUCAGACUGGUGUGAAGGGAAUUGCCGCAGCUGCGUCCGAGCCCAAACCGGAUACGACUGCCGCUGCUCCUGUAGUGUCACAUACUACUGCUGAGACACACGCUACUCAUACUAAUGCUGUGCACUCAACUGCUUCCACGGAAGAUGAAAACGUUGGAGUCAUUCAGGAACUGACUCCUACGUCUAUUCCUACUGUUGCAGCUACUGCCGAAAGUCCUGCCACCGAACAAGUCGAACAGCCUGCCACCAGCAAGAAGACUCGUACUAUCACCUCUGUAGUCACUGCGACUGAAACCUUCUGCCCCGAGGACGAGAAAUCCUCCCCUAUUGCCGCCCACUCCGUGGCAACAACUGCGCCCGGGCCAGUUGUGCAAUCUGUCCAAAUCUCAGCCAACGGCCAAGAUACUGAGGCAACGACCUCUGCGGCUGGUGUGGACCCUCUCUCCAACCACGCAUCUGUCCCAGCUGGCCAGGGCCACAAGAGCUACACUUCUGCCCCAGCUCACAGCUUUGGUGCUUCAUGGGCCAAUCCUUCCGCGCUCCCCUCUGCCUUUGUUUCCUCCGUUCCUUAUGAGGCCUCCAAAGCCCCGGCCCCAGCUCCUACCGGUGACUCCCCAAAGGAGGCACCAUCCGCUACAUCGGGCUUCUAUGUUCCUAGCGGCUCUCAAUCCGGUUUCAGCCCCGUUUUCACCGGCGCCGCUGAUCAGCUGUCUUUGAGCAUGUCGGCUCUCUUCUUUGGAUUCAUUGUUGCCUUUUUGGCUUAA